UUUCUAUAAGAACUUCUAACGGAUCCUAACAUUUCUUCAGGUUAUCGUCAUCUUCAAAUAGUUCAACUUGCAAAAGUUAAAGGACUCGGAGAGGACAGAGUUUUAGAAAUCGUGCAUAUUUUGAGGGUCCAUACUGUACACACAGUACGCUGUUAGUCCAGUUCAGCCCUACAUACCUCUAACAUGCUCCAAAAACAAGUUAUCUAAGCUGUGUGUGUGUGUGUGUGUGUGUGUGUGUGUUUGGGAGGGGGGGGGUGACGACGAUGUGCUAUAAAGUUCUCUCUUCCUCAGAAGUUUCAGAGAUUAAAAGAGGUCACAUGUCCUGUUGUUGCUUUUGUCCUGAACUGCAUGAUUUGAAGAUGAUCUUGUUGUCAGUUGUCAGUGUUCGGGGACAUUCUUCCUUGUAGGAUUUAAGUCAAACAAGGAAGUUUAGUCAAAAUGUUUUUCUUCCUCAUUCUUGGAGCGGUAAGUUUGGGCUACCCAUAAUACCUCUGUCUCCAGCGGGGUGACUUGACAUAUUGUUCUUGUUGUUAAACGGACAUUUUUUGGUACAGUUCCUGUUUCCCAUUGUGCGUCUCUCUUCAAGCAGGCAGUCCUGCAAAAUAAUAGGUGACGAGUCUGCGAGAUAAUGACAACAAUGAAAGCAUAUAAGAGGUACGCUUUGGCCACAUGGAGCUGGAGAUCCAGGGUUAGGCUGAUGGACUAUCCAGCCCCCGAUUGGCUGCUGUCGACUGCUGGAGAGCUGAGAAUGCCGUUCUCGGAUACGGCCAAGUACUGCAUCCUGGGCAUCUCGGUUGCUCUUCUUCUGCUGGCCCUGGGCAUCUUGGCAUGGCAGGCCUUCAGAUGCUGCACAGAGACGCACACUACGAUCACCCUGCAAGAUGCUGUGAACCGUGAUCCACUGUACUUGGUCGAAAAGUCAAGAACAGUUGGAAACUACUCAGGAGCUCCAAGAACUAGGAUGGAGAAUGUCCGCACAGAGUUCCGCAGGCUGAGUCGCUGUCUGUCUCCGGCCUCGUUUCCCUCCUCGGGAUCCAGCCAGGCGGACGGAGACACAGGGGAGCAGGCCAACAUUAAAAAGGUCGCUGGAUCGCUCCAUUUUUCCAUCUAUUAUGACCAACUGCAGUCCCAGCUGGUGGUCACCGUCCUGCAGGCGGAGGGGCUUCUGGGGCCCGGCCGGACGUGCAGCCUCGAGCCAUUUGUUAAGCUGAGACUCAUGUGGGCGGUUUCAGAGGGAGUGGAAGUGGACGACUGUACGGACGAGGAGGGCGAAGGGAGUGCACCCGUCUUGUGGACGGUGCUGCAGGAGUGGCGGACUCGCAUUGUGAAAGGCAGCUGUAACCCUUUAUUUGGAGACCAGUUCAGCUGCAUCAUGCAAGAGGACAAGAAGCUUAAUCACAUCAACCUCAGGAUGGAGGUGAGGCACUUUGAUAAAUUCUCCAGACACACAGUGUUGGGAGAGGUGAGGGUUCCUCUAGGGCAGCUCAACAUCUCCUACCCUCUGGAGCUACAAGAAGAUCUGAAGACACCCAAGAAGGAUCUUGUAGGAGAGGUGCUCCUGACUUUAAAGUUUCUUCCCACCUCUCAGAGGCUUGAGGUUGGACUGCUUAAGGUCAGAGCGGUCCUCAAUGAAAUAUGCUCAGAUGCAGCCCUGUACGCCAGGAUCAGUUUGCAGUGCAACCAGCACAAGUUGAGGUACCAAAAAACCUCCACCGUGGCCCACUCUCUGGUCACUGUCUUCAACGAGGUCCUCAUGUUCUCCCUGCCAGAGUUUCCUCUGGAGCAGUGUAAAAUAUCAGUUUCUGUGUAUGAGACUCACACUACUAGGAAAUCUCCCAAACAUCUGAUUGGACAGUUGACUUUGGGGAAGGAGAAAAGUUCAGAAGACGAGCAUUGGAGCUUAAUGAUGCGCUCAGUUCGCCAGCCGAUAGCAAAGUGGCAUGGCCUACUGAUCUGACUUGCAAUACUCUCCUGCACUUCCUUGAUGUCCGCACCUGCUUGUAUAUGACUGAAAGCUGUAGUGCUUAUGUUUCGGCCGUGAGGGAUCUGCCCACCUGCUUAGCUGUAAGGCCAAACAUGGACCCCUCUCCCUCCUGACACCUCAGCGGUAGAAAGACCUUUCUGUUCCAUUCAGGGCAGCGGAGGGACUGCCCAACUGAAACCUUUGUUUGUUGUUAAUCGCUCUUUUUAGCUCCAAAUCUCAUCAUAUUGAAGAGCUUUAAAGAUCUGAAAUUUGCACUCCUUAUCGCUGAUGAAGAUUACUUUAGUUUUGCACUCACUCGGUGCAUAACUGUGUUGUUUGUGUAACUGUUAUCUUUCAUAUCUGCAGUUCUUUUGUGCUUGUUUUCAAAUCCCGUCAUUCUGCAUUAAUAAAUCUCUAUAUUGCUACUCUGAA